ACAUACUUCCACUACAAGAAGAGGAUAAAUCAUUAUAUUAUAAACCUGUUUUUGACAGCGAUUAUAUGACAUAUGAUUUUAAUGACGUUGAAGAUCCCCAACCCGUAGUUAAGGAAAGUGAUUGUUUUCCAAAUAAAGUAAUUUGUGAUAAGAAUUUAAAUCGACAAGACUAUGAGCCAGUCUGCGCUUACAACACUAAAUAUGGAUUGAUAAACUACUUUAGUCUGUGUGAAAUAAAUGUACAGAUUUGUUUAUUGGAACUUCAAAAGAAUGACGUCAAUAAAAGAAGACAAUAUAAUUAUGGAGAAUUGUAUUACAAUGGCAUGUCGCACUCUUGUGAUUAUUAUUACAGUCAUACAACGACUGGAAAAGAAGCUAUUGAAUUGUACUACAAAAUCGGCAUGCAGUACAACUCAGAUUAAAGAUUCAUUUUUAAUGAAACCAUGUAAUA